AUGGAAUCACUCACCUGGUUUGUUCUGCUCCUGGCAGGUUUGACCUGCACCCAUGCCGUGGGAACCCGUGAGACAAUACAAAAUUUACCUAGCAUUUGCCAGGUAGAAUUCAGAUUUGUUCUCAUAUGGACACACGAUUGUGCCUGUAGUGUCCUCACUACUGGCCAUAUCAUUUCCGCUUGGUCUUGCUUCCAAGCCAGUCCCUCUGACCGUCGAAUUCGUCUUGGUACUGCUACAAGUGGGUGGGGAGGUAUCACUCGUGAGGUACGCAGCAUCAUCAAUCAUCCCCUUGCAGACUUGACUGUAGUCCGAUUAACCAAUCUCGUGUUGUUAGGACCAACGAUCCAGAAUGUUCCUAUCGUACCUCAGGACCACUCCGUACCUCAAAAUGAGCCCUUGUCUAUUGCUGGAUGGGGUUCUACCGCUCAAGGAGGCUUAUUUACAAAUUCCUACCUCUACAGAGCUUGGUUAGAAAGCAAGAAUAUAACAUUAUGCAUGAAUCAGCACCCCGGCCGCGUCACUCUGGAGAAUUUGUGUGUCGGUCUAAUUGGCAGUGCUGGUCGGGACUUCGAUUCCGAUGAUGCAGGAGCUCCUAUCUUGUACCGGGGCGCCUUAGCUGGAUUGGCCUCAUUCGGCGCGGCCUCUAGCAAUAAUAAUUUGCCGAUAGUUGCCACCGCAAUUGCCCCAUACACUAACUGGAUUGUUGGUGCUGCAGUUUAA